GUCUGUACCAACAUCACUUGAUUCCAACUCCCACGACGAUAUCUCAUUUCUUUGUUUCUUCAUAUAAAACUCUCCUCCUAUUAUAACCUCCAUCCUAUAAUCUAAUCAUCACAAUGUUCUCUGCCCGCAACGUUGCCCGAUCGGCGCCCCGCGUCGUCUCCCGCCUCUCCGGCGCCGCUCUGCGACAGACUGCCCGUCCCAGCGCCUUCAUCAAGGCUUCUUCGGCUCGGCGACCUGCCCAGGCCGCUUUCUCCACCACUGUUUUCCGAAAGGCCGCCGAGAACGAUGGCGAGCUUCUGGCCAAGCUCGAGAGCGAGAUCAAGAUCGAGGAGGACAUGAAGGCUGAUGAGCAGGACCCUGCCAGCAUCAAGGACUUCCUCAACAACAGCGCCUUUGAGCUUAUCGACACCCCCGGCCAGGAGGUUGUCAAGCUGGUCCGCAACUUUGGCGAGGAGAAGAUCACCAUCAGCUUCUCUAUUGCUGAUAUCACCAGCUACGACCCUUACGCUGAGGAGAACGGCCUCGAGGAGGAAGGUUUCGAGGAUGAGGGUGCCCAGGGCAGCCAGCGCAACGCCCGCGCCAACGAGGAGCUCGAGGAGGAGCUCGAUGAGGAGGCUGAGGAGGAGAACGCCGCCCCUAUCAACCUGUCCAUCGUCGUUGAGAAGCCCGGCAAGGCCUCUGGUGCCCUCAACAUCGAUGCCACUGCCCAGGACGGCCACAUUGUCGUCGAGAACCUCUUCUACUACGACGACGCCAAGGUCGCCAAGGUCGAGUCCCCCGAGGCCGCUCAGAAGCGCGCCGACGUCUACCCCGGACCUCCCUUCGGUAGCCUCGAUGAUGACCUCCAGGUCCUCAUGGAGCGCUUCCUCGAGGAGCGUGGCAUCACUCAGGCUCUUGCCAUCUUUGUCCCCGACUACGUCGACGUCAAGGAGCAGCGUGAGUACACUCGAUGGUUGAACAAUGUCAAGGCUUUCAUCGACGCCUAAGUGGUCGAUUGUGUUGGAAUAAUGAAAAGUUUUUCACAAGAGGGAAGAGCGGAGGAGUCUUCGGUUCAGAAAUGAUGUGUAAAAAAUAGGAAUUGCCACUCUUGUUGUACGAUAGUAUAGGAUCCACCGAGAUCAAAUGCAUGUUAAGAUAUGUGUAACGAUAUCAUGUUGACUCUACUUUGCGUGCCCUUCCAUCAUAUGACAAUGUGAAUGAUUAUCAGAGCUUAGUUCAGAGCACUUUGAUGUGAAUAGGUAGCGUGGCUGACGAAUGUGAAUUGUGACGAGAAUCUUGCUAUCUAGUUCAGCAACAAUCCCAAGACUCA